UUUGGUAAUCGUCGCCCUAAAAAUAAACUCUGCUUUAUUUUUCUUUUUUUCUUUCUAUAACAAGGAAGUAAGAAAGAAAAUCAAAACCCUCUUCUUCACAGAGUCUAGUUUAGACUACGUUUCUACAACUUACAAAACCUUGUUGCGGAAUCUUGGCCCCCUCGUGAAGUUGUGAAUGGACAGGCUUGCAUCUGCAACAGUGUUUAUGGCUAUGGAGGUUGAUUCUGAGAAACAACCGAUUAAAAGGGAUAGUAGCCCUGAGCCUGACUCUAGUCCUCCUAGUCCCAAAGUAUCUCCUAAGUGGAAUCCAUCAGAAGCUUGCAGGCCUUCACUUGAUGAUGCUCCCAUAUUCUAUCCCACUAAUGAGGACUUUGAAGAUCCACUAGCUUACAUAGAGAAACUGCGCUCUAGAGCAGAAUCAUUCGGCAUAUGUAGAAUUGUGCCCCCUGUUGCAUGGACCCCUCCCUCCCCUCUGAAAGAAAAACAAAUAUGGGAGAAAUCUAAAUUCCCCACCAGGGUUCAGCUCAUUGACUUGCUUCAAAACAGAGAACCAACCAAGAAAUCUACCAACAGCAAGAAACGAAAACGGAGAUUAAUCUCCAAAACUGGUUACUUAAGAAGAAGAAGAAGAAGAACGGAUUCAGACUGUGAUGCUCCUGAUGAUUCCCCUCAAGAUGCUGAAGAGAAGUUCGGUUUUGAGACUGGACCAGAUUUCACCCUGGAAGAUUUUCAGAAGUAUGAUGAAGACUUCAAGGAAUCUUAUUUCCAGGUGGAGGAUGGUACAAACAAGAAAUUUAAACCCAAGGUUAAGGAUAUUGAAGGCGAGUAUUGGCGGAUAGUGGAGCAAGGAACUGAUGAAGUAGAGGUCUACUAUGGAGCUGACUUGGAAACGAAGAAAUUUGGAAGUGGGUUCCCAAAGCAAUCACCAGGGUCUGGUAAAAGUCUAGAAGUAGAGCAAUACACCAAAAGCCGUUGGAACCUAAACAAUCUAUCCCGUCUCCCAGGAUCUGUUUUAGCUUUCGAGAGCUGUGAUAUCUCAGGAGUUAUUGUGCCUUGGCUUUAUGUUGGAAUGUGUUUCUCAACUUUUUGUUGGCAUGUUGAAGAUCAUCAUCUUUAUUCCUUGAACUACUUACACACUGGUGAUCCAAAAGUUUGGUAUGGGAUCCCUGGAGAACAUGCUGCCUCUUUUGAAAACGCAUUGAAAAAGCGUCUUCCAGAUUUGUUUGAUGAACAGCCUGACUUGCUACAUCAACUGGUCACUCAGUUAUCUCCAAGUAUUUUAAAAGAAGAGGGAGUACCUGUCUAUCGAGCUGUCCAGCGCAGUGGAGAGUUCAUUCUAACCUUCCCCAAGGCUUAUCACUCUGGGUUCAACUGUGGUUUCAACUGCGCAGAAGCAGUAAAUGUUGCGCCAGUUGAUUGGCUCGUUCAUGGACAGGAUGCAGUUGAAGGAUAUAGCAAGCAGCGGCGAAAGACCUCACUGUCACAUGACAAGCUGCUUCUCGGAGCAGCUCUGGAAGCUAUCCGUUCCCUCAGGGAGCUGGCGGUUUCGAGGAAGAAGACUCCUGUGGUUGCCAGAUGGAAAAGGGUUUGUAGUGAGGAUGGAUUGCUUACCAAGGCAGUCAAGAGGCGGGUGGAGAUGGAGGCAGAGAGACUAAACGAGCUUGGGGAUGGUUUUAGGUUACUAAAGAUGGAGGGAGAUUUUGACAUUAAGAGAGAGCGAGAGUGCUUCUUGUGCUUCUAUGAUUUGCAUAUGUCUGCGGCAAGCUGCAAAUGUUCCCCUAACCGAUUUGCAUGUCUUACACACGCCAAGAACCUCUGCUCCUCAUGUGAAAGCAAGGAGAGAUUUGUCCUUCUUAGAUACACCUUGGUUGAGCUGCGAUCACUUGUGAGAGCUCUAGAAGGGGAUCCCGAUGCCAUAGAAGCUUGGGCACAAAAUGGCCGUGACAAGAAUCCUUUACAACAACACCAGAGAGCAAAAGAAGCCUUGGGUACCUCCUCCUGUUCAUCAAAAGCACAUCAACAAGAUGCUGGAACCAAUAGGUUAAGUCAGUCUGUGGAGCUGUUGAAGUCUGGAUCUCUCGUUGUUAAAAAGCCGUGGUGCAGUAAGCAAGCCAUAUACUCAAAAGGAUUCAAGAGCCGUGUUAAGUUCAUAAGCGUGCUUGAUCCAACAAAACUAACCAAUUAUAUCUCAGAGGUUCUGGAUGCAGGGCUUCUUGGCCCACUGUUCAGGGUCUCACUAGAAGAAUACCCCAGCGAGAAUUUCUCGAAUGUGUCAGCUGAGAAGUGCUGGCAAAUGGUGAUACAAAGACUCAAACUCGAAAUCAUCAAAAGAUGUGAUCAACCAGCUAGCUCCUUGACCUCUUUACACCAUUUGGAUAGUAUCAACGGCCUUGACAUGUUUGGUUUUCGCUCCCCACACGUUAUUCAGGCGCUGGAGGCUCUUGAUCCAAAGCAUCAGCUGGAGGAGUAUUGGAACCAAAGAAGAGCGGAAGUGUUUGGUGUUGAACAAACAAAGGAAGGAGAAAAGGAGGAUGAUACAGAGAAAGUAGGGGCUUCAGAUCCCUCUAUGGACAGGGACACAAGGCUUCUGCGUGGGCUUUUGAAGAAAGCGACACCGGAAGAGCUAGCGAUGAUGCAUGGACUUUUGUGUGGUGAGACACGCAACACGGAGCUACAGGAAGAGCUCUCCUCUUUGGUGGAUAAGAUGGAGAAAAGUCCGUGAUAGUGAGCAAACAGGUACCACACACUCACUGAAGUUUAGUGUGUUCCAGGCUUCGAUGGUUCUAUUGUACUAGUAAAGAAGAAUCUAGAGAGGUAGCAGUAGUAAACAAAAGGGUUAAUUUCAUUUGCUUGUACUACAAAAUCUGAAUUGAAUUCAAAGCCUUUAUAAUCAAUCAUCACACACAGAGGGUUUAGACUU